ACUCUCCUCCACUUCACAACUCAUACUAGCUACAUAUGGAAGCACGCUCUGUGUAGGUGGCAUUGAGAAUAUUUAUUAAAUCAGGCUUGUGAAUUGGGGCUCUGCGGCAAUGAAAGGUGUAAGGGCUUUUAGUCUGUGUCAGCAUGGACCAUUUUGGAUUCACCUACGUUUGGACAAAACACGACCUUGGAGCCUGCCCCGACAUUCGCGUUUUGUGAUUGCCCGUUCGAACGCUACAGUUACCCAGAAGUUAGACUUGACAAGGGCCGCUGUGAACAAUAAACCAGACAUAAAAGCAGAAGAUUUGGCACAGGCAAUUCGGCGUGGAAAAACAGAAAUCAAUAACAAGCUACAGUUGUCUCCAGUGCAGAAGAAAGUGCGUGAACUGCGACAGCUGACCCGCCAGCUGCAGGUGGUGCACCCGAACGUGCUGGCAAAAGCCCUACACAGGGGCUUGCUUUUCCACAACCAAGAGUUCCUCGCGAUCAACAAGCCCUACGGCGUACCUGUGCACGGUGGACCAGGAGUCAGAAAUAGUAUAUCUGAUGUGCUACCCAUCCUGGCCAAGAUGAUUGAUGGAAUGAGGGCAGGACCUGAACUACACCUUUGCCACCGACUGGACAAGGAGACAACUGGCACAAUGCUGCUGGCCAGGAGUGAGAUGGCAGCCAGUCGUGUCCAAGAGCUAUUCAGAACUCAUCAAGUGGAGAAAAAAUACUGGGUGCUGAGUGUGGGUGUACCUGUACCCUCAGAAGGAGUGAUUGACAUUCCUGUUGUGGAGAAAGCGAUUUCCGGCCCCCAGCCCCACUACAAAAUGGCCCUUAGCCCAGUUUACAGACUGAGUGAAGGAGGAGAGGGAGUGACACGGGUUCGAGCCAAUCAACAGGCCCAUGGUGCUGUGACUCACUACCGAGUUCUAGCCAGCUCUGGAGGCUGUAGCCUGGUGGAGCUCCGCCCUAUCACAGGUGUGAAGCAUCAGAUCCGGGUUCAUAUGGCCUACGCUCUCGGCUGCACCAUCCUUGGGGACCACAAAUAUUCCCACUGGAAUAAACUGACCCCACAGAAGUUGCCUGAAGGGGUUCUGCGGAAGUUGGGUUUAGAGCAGAGUAAAGCACGUUAUCUUCCUCUCCACUUGCAUGCCUCUCAGCUGACUCUGCCAGGGAUCAGCGGUAAGGGCGACAUCACAGUCCAGUGCCCUCUGCCCAAGUUCUUCACCAGCUCUCUGCGCAAGCUGCAGAUUCCCCUGCCAGAGAAGCGAUAACCUCUGAUCUUGCUUUGCAUCAUCGUGACCACUGACCCCAUUGCAACCCCAGCAUGACCAUCUGACCCUGUGCCACUGCCUGUUAGACCUUCUCUGAGGCCAGCCUGGGUCACUGGGAGAGUGCAAAGUGAAGGCGGCUAUGGAGUUUGGCCUGUCCAAGACUGCAUCUAGAAAAAUAAAGCCUGACUGUCCCUCUAAUGUGCAUCUGAGAGUCACCAUCACCUUUGGUAGCCAAGUGCUUGUGGAGCCAUAACUUCAGCCUGGUUAUUUCAUUUGCUUAUGCCGGUGGAAUUCACCAUUCAGUUUGAACUUGACACCAAAAAUUGUCAGGCCUGGAUCCUGUCGUGAACAAUGGGAAAAGCCUCUUGUAGACUGGAUACUUGGUGAGGACACCAUAAAUUUGAUGAAUAUUUUUGUAGAAUGGCAUUGUUUUUGUCAAUAGACUGAAAAUAAAUUUAAUAAACCAGUAUUUUUACAGAAUUA